GCUAAGAGAUGGCUGAUCCCCAAAUCUUUGUGGUAGGUCCCCGGAUCUAGGUCGUAAUGGUCGUGUUAGUCGAUCCACUAUUUACCGGACAUCCGCAUGCUACGCUGUCUAAGUCGUCUACAUUCUCCCUGCUAUUGUGGCAGAACUGCGUUACGAUUCGAUCUCACCAUCGCCUGUCCCGUACACAACCGUCUAUUACUAGUACUGCCUUCCCGCAAACCGGAUGCUAAGUUCUCCCGAAGCUGCGCAGUCCUGAUUGCAGACAACUCCCCCUCUACUAUCAUAGAUAGGCCGGCACGACACCAUAAUUAUGCUGAUACUGAUCUUUUUUUGUAGUGUAUCUAGAAUUGGAGGAGGAAAGUGUUAUCACCUCGCAUAAUCCCCCCACCCCCACGCCUGU